AUGACUUCCAUAGAUUCGACCCAAGAGACCGACAUGAUGGCGUCGGCCCCUUUGUCGGCCUUCUUAUUGUCGCUGAUGAAAUGCUCCGUCUUCAAGGCAAAGGCAGAGGCGGUUGGCUCCCAACAGCAGAUUGACAAGGACAUGGCUAACUCCGUCCGCAAGAAGCGUGUGGCCGACCGAGCUUUGGAGGUUGAGAUGGCGAAGCGGCCCCGAGUACCCCCGGUGGCACAGAAGUUCCAUGACGCCAUGAAGGAGCUGGAGCAGGCGGUGGAUGAGCUUUUGCUUCCCUGCCCGUGA